AUGGAUGAAAAUAAGCUCCCAUUUUUACUGCCUGGGGAAGAUGGUGCCACCUGGGACCCGAGCCGGGAGCCUGAGGAGGAGCCCGGAGUCCAGAAUGGAGUGAGAGAUAGUGAGAACCUGAAUAGUAGCCACAACAACCCAGGACAUGAGAUAAGGGGCACACUUGUGGACACUGAAGAGCCCACAAAGGGCCCGGACAUGGCUCUCCAUGGACUCAGCCUUGGUUUCUCCCUCACCAAUGGUCUAACCCAGGGGCCAGACUCGAACAUUCUUGAAGAUUCUGCAGAGUCCAGGCCCUGGAGGGCUGGUGGGCUAGCAGAAGAAGAUGCCUCCAGGAGCCCUUGUCCAGACACUGAGGACCCUCAGCUCGGGCUGGGUGGCCCUGGAGAGCCAGAUGUACGGGACGGCUUCAGUGCCACGUUUGAGAAGAUUGUGGAGUCAGACCUGCUGCGGGGCACCCAGUACAGCAGCCUCGACUCCCUAGACGUGCUGAGCCUCACGGACGAGAGUGACAGCUGUGUCAGCUUCGAGGCCCCACUCACACCCCUCAUCCAGCAGCGGGCCCGUGACAGCCCUGAGCCAGGGACUUCCUUGGGCAUUGGGGACAUGGAGCCCGAGGGGGACAUGGGAGCAGCUGGCGGCGAUGGGGAGCUGGGCAGCCCCCUGCGGCGCUCCAUCUCCAGCAGCCGCUCAGAGAACGUCCUGAGCUGCCUGUCUCUCACAGCCGUGCCCAAUGGCUUCCAUGAAGAUGGACCCCAGGGCCCAGGUGGGGAUGAGGAGGAGGAAGAGGAGGAGGACACGGACAAGUUGCUGAAUUCAGCCAGUGACCCCAGCCUAAAGGAUGGCCUGUCUGACUCGGACUCGGAGCUGAGCAGCUCGGAGGGGCUGGAGCCCGGCAGCACAGACACGCUGGCCAACGGGUGCCAGGGGGUGAGCGAAGCUGCUCGCCGGCUGGCUCGCCGCCUCUACCACCUCGAGGGCUUCCAGCGCUGUGACGUUGCCCGGCAGCUGGGCAAGAACAACGAGUUCAGCAGGCUGGUGGCCGGGGAGUACCUCAGCUUCUUCGACUUCUCGGGCCUCACUCUGGACAGAGCGCUCAGAACUUUCCUGAAGGCCUUCCCACUGAUGGGGGAGACACAGGAGCGAGAACGGGUCCUUACUCACUUCUCCCGCCGAUACUGCCAGUGCAACCCUGAUGACAGCACCUCAGAAGAUGGGAUCCACACGCUCACCUGUGCCCUGAUGCUGCUUAACACGGACCUGCACGGACAUAACAUUGGUAAGAAGAUGUCCUGCCAGCAAUUCAUUGCCAACUUGGACCAGCUGAAUGAUGGCCAAGACUUUGCCAAAGACCUGCUGAAGACCCUUUACAACUCCAUCAAGAAUGAAAAGCUGGAAUGGGCCAUUGAUGAAGAUGAGCUGAGAAAAUCACUGUCUGAGCUGGUGGAUGACAAGUUUGGGACUGGCACAAAGAAGGUGACACGGAUCCUGGACGGUGGCAACCCCUUCCUGGAUGUCCCACAGGCUCUCAGUGCUACCACCUACAAGCACGGUGUGCUGACCCGGAAGACUCAUGCCGACAUGGAUGGCAAGAGGACGCCCCGUGGGAGACGUGGCUGGAAGAAAUUCUACGCGGUGCUCAAAGGGACCAUCCUGUACCUGCAGAAGGAUGAGUACCGGCCUGACAAAGCUCUGUCUGAGGGUGACUUGAAGAAUGCCAUUCGUGUGCACCAUGCUCUGGCCACCAGGGCCUCCGACUACAGCAAGAAGUCCAACGUGCUGAAGCUGAAGACAGCUGACUGGAGGGUCUUCCUGUUCCAGGCACCGAGCAAAGAAGAAAUGCUGUCCUGGAUCCUUAGGAUCAACCUGGUGGCCGCUAUCUUCUCAGCCCCAGCCUUCCCAGCUGCUGUCAGCUCCAUGAAGAAGUUCUGUCGGCCCCUGCUGCCCUCCUGCACCACUCGCCUCUGCCAGGAGGAGCAGCUGCGUUCUCAUGAGAAUAAGUUGAGGCAGGUGACUGCAGAACUGGCUGAGCACAGGUGUCACCCAGUGGAGAGGGGCCACAAAUCCAAGGAGGCGGAGGAGAGCCGGCUGAAGGAGCACUAUCUCACAUUUGAGAAAAGCCGCUAUGAGACCUAUAUCCACCUCCUGGCAGUGAAAAUCAAAGUGGGCUCGGAUGACCUGGAGCGGAUUGAGAACCGGCUGGCCACCCUGGAAGGGGAUGACCCUUCCCUCCGCAAGACCCACUCAAGCCCUGCCCUCAGCCAGGGCCACGGAACUGUGACUGGCAGCAAAGCCAAGAAGGAUACCAUUGGACCUGAUACUUAG